CCGCUAGCUGCCGCAACCCGCAAACGCCCAGCUGCGCGCGGGGCUUCCGCGUCCCAGAGCCUGGCGCCCCGCACGACAGAGAAGGAAGGACUGGGGAGAACCACGCGCGAAGGACAAAGCCUGGAAGCCAAGGAAACUACUAAACUUCCUGUGCAAGCGAAGUAGAAUUUCAUAAGAACAUAAUGGAAAUUGACAAAACUGCUGAGAACCUGUAUGCUUGGAUAGUUCCUAACUUAGAAGUUACUUGCAUCUUUACAAGUCCCCCAGCCUUUUGUUAUGAAAAAUUAUGGAGAAGAGAAAACCUAUGGUGGCUGUGAAGGCCCUGAUGCCAUGUAUGUCAAAUUGAUAUCUUCAGAUGGUCAUGAAUUUAUUGUAAAAAGAGAACAUGCAUUAACAUCAGGAACAAUAAAAGCCAUGUUGAGUGGCCCAGGUCAGUUUGCUGAGAAUGAAACUAAUGAAGUCAAUUUUAGAGAGAUCCCUUCACACGUGCUAUCAAAAGUGUGCAUGUAUUUUACUUACAAGGUUCGCUACACUAACAGCUCCACGGAAAUUCCUGAAUUCCCAAUUGCACCUGAAAUUGCACUGGAACUGCUGAUGGCUGCGAACUUCCUAGAUUGUUAAAUAAAAUAAAUUAUAAUAAACUGUUAACUUUUUUCAGUAUUUAAUACCUGUAGUUCAGUUAGUAAUUUUUUCAUAUAUAGCAUGUUGCCUGUGUGCGAUUGAACUUUAAAGUUCAUUGCAAAGCAGACUAUCGUCUCUUCUUUUGCAUAGCACAGUUGAAAUUUGUUUGCUACAUCAACAGAUUAAGGACAUUUUCACAAAUUGAGAAAUAAACAAAUAUGUCAGUUGCUAAGUAGUUUUGCCUUACCCUUUGGAUGUGAUUUUUAAAAUUAGAGCGGUGGCAAUAUAGUAAAUGCUGAAAUUUAGUCAUAAAUGAACAUACUCUACAGGUAAAUAUUGGGCUAUGUAUUUUUAUGUUUUUAGUGUCUUUUUUUUUUACCUAUUCUGAUCUUAUAGCCAUCAUUACCAUUAGAAUUAUGCAAAUAAUUGCAUUAUAAACAUGUUUAUAACUUAGCCAAAUGUUGAUUUUUUUAUAAUUGUCAAAGACAUGAGUUGAAAUUUUCUUAUGUGUCUUUUGAUAAACUGCAGUAUUGUUUAAGUGUAUCUUGUCUUUUUGUUCAUUGCUACAAUUUAAAAACUUUAUUUAAAAGCAGUUUGGCAGAUUACUUGGUACAGCUGUUGGAACAGUGACCUUUUGAACUGUAGCCACAUGGUCAAUAAGUAAAGUACAUGACCUUGAUUUCAUGUGUACUGUGCAUUUUGGCCAAUCCAAAGUACUGUAUUUUCAUUGACUAUAAAGCUUCCUUUGCAAUAUUCAUUCUUCUUACAUAGUCCCUUGUUGUGAUUAUACUUCUGGUUAUUUAAAUGUUUUAAAAGACUCACUAUGAACUUUACUCACAUCUUAAAAGCUAGACUUUUCUGAACAAUUCCAGUCUUCCUGCAUCCAACUGAAAUGUUAUAAAAUGUGACAAACGUGGACAGACAUAGUGCAAAUCUUAUAAUGCACUUUGAUACAAUAUAUGAAUUAUCUUGUGUCCCAAUAAAUAUGCCCAUCAUCUGUGGGUCUUCUACUGAUAUCUAACUUAGAAAGAGAUCAUUCAACUUUUAUACCAAGCAGACAAAAAAAUUUCAAAAGCUAUGACAGAGUAUCUCUGCUGAGGCCUGGGAAAAGAGAACUGUAGUUUGGUUUAUUAUUUCUAUCUUAGUAAAUCAAGGCUAUCAUUAGGGUUUUUAAGUUUUCAUCUUAGUUCUUCAAGACUGGUUUAAUAUGGAUCAGUUUUUAUGGAGACUGCAAAAAUCAUAACCAAGAUCUAGAAAUGAUUUUCCUCUUAGAAAACUUAACAUUGUACUUUCCAGCUUAUUGAAAGCAGUUAAAUAUAUAUGUUAAUUCCAUAUAUUUAGUAACUUCCUAAGAUAUUCUGGUACAUAUUUCAGUAUAGAAGAUUAUCAAGUACAAGAAUUAUAUUCUACUACUUGAGACAAAUAAUGUCAAUUAUAAGCCUAAAUAAUAAAAGGUUAAGGUGAUAGCUAGAAUCAAGUUUUACCUUGACCGAUUUUUGUAGGUUACUUUUUAUGUUAGAUCCACAAGUAACCUUAAGUCAAAAUAUUGAAAAAGAACUGAAAGAUUAGGAGAACGUGUAUAUCUUGUGGCAAAUGGUACUUGCAUGUUAAUAAAGGCUCUGUUGACUGAAA